AUGAAAGUGUUUAGGCUUGAGAAGUCCAAAGUAGAUCCGUGCUUGUACUUCCGAAUCGAUGGUGACAAAACGACGAUAGACGAUUCAAUGAUUUUUACGUACAACGCCAAACUGAAGAAUGCGUUGAAAUCGUUUCUCCUCAAUCGCUUCAAGAUGAAGGAUCUUGGUCAAGCAGCUUUUUGCAUGCAACUGCGAAUCACACGGGACCGCAAGGACGGUAAGCUGUUGGUCGGCCAAGAUCCUGUUUCCAUACCAGCGGAGGCGCGUAUCAAGCUGGAUAAAUCAAUGCCGCCAACAACGCCGGACGAAGCCCUGGAGAGUAAAGAAGUUAAUAACAGGAGGCAGUUGGCUGUCUUACUUAUCCUGCGCAUGCAACGCGGCUGGAUAUUAGUUUUGCGGUCAAUCAAAUCAGCCAAUUCAAUGCAAAUCCGGGACGCAGCCAUUGGCAUCUUAUCAAGUGCAUAA